AUGGACGCAGCAGCGAGCUCCAAGGCAGCCUCGCUGGCCUCGGCCAAGGUGGUCAAGAAUGCGAAAGGCAACAUCGUACCGAGCAGCCAGAUGGCGCAUAUCGUAUAUGGCUGUGAACACAUGGGCGAGAUGUUCGAGAAUGCGCGCAAGCAAACCCUCGGCCACUACCGAUCGAUCCUCCAGCUCAUACACGAGAAACCGAGCGUGAUAGCGCAGACAUACGUCGACUCGGACAGCCAGCCUGUCGUCUCCCUUCGCCCGCUAUACCUUUGUCUACAAUGCCCGAACAUCAUGACGGACGAGCAGCGAGACCAGCACUUUGAUACAAAGAGUCACUGCUUCUCGGUAGAGUCGCGAGACGGGAAUGUAUACUGUGGGAAUUGUCAGGACUUCAUCUACGAUCCCGAGCUCGAGAUGAGACGACUGCUGAAAGGCAAAAAACGGAAAUAUGAAGAUGCCUUGACCGCCGACGACGACAAGCUUAUCGUCACCAACUCUACGUUCCUUCCUUGCCGAGCGACUGGCCUGCGUGGGCUGUACAACAUGGGGCAAACGUGCUUCAUGAGCGUCAUUUUACAAACCAUCGUUCACAAUCCGUUCAUACGGAAUUUCUUCCUCGCCGAAGGGCACAAGACCGCCGACUGUGAGAAGGAGUCGUGCGUGAGCUGUGCGCUGGACGAGAUGAUUGUCGAGUUCCACUCGGCAGAGAAGACCGAAGGCUACGGCGCUGUCAGCAUGCUUAUGGGCAGUUGGCUUGCGGGAGAGUCACUCGCUGGCUAUCAGCAACAGGACGCUCACGAGUACAUGCAGUUCUUCCUGAAUACCCUACACCUGACAAACGGAGGUACAACGGACUCUGAGGACUGCGAAUGCAUUAUCCACAAGACGUUCUAUGGUAAACUUCAGAGUACUGUCACGUGUGAUAAAUGCAACAACAUAACUACCGCCCUCGACCCGUACAUGGACCUCAGCUUAGACAUACGGAAUAACAAGAAGCGGAGGCACGCAGAUAAGGGCGAGGAGGCGUCACUGGAUCUCCGAGACUGUCUCGAUCGAUUCACUGCCAAAGAGAAACUCGAGUCAGCUCAGUAUACAUGCAGAAACUGCGACAGCCCACAGAACGCCAUCAAGCAGCUAAGUAUCAAGCGACUACCGCCGGUCCUCUCGAUACAUCUCAAGCGGUUCGAGCAUUCGAAAGCGACAUCCUCGAAGAUCGAAACCAAAGUCAACUUUCCCACGAAGCUAGAGCUCUCCCCGUACACAACCGCGCAUAAGGAGCACGCCAAGGCAGCCAAAGCAUCAGGCCUCCCAAACACAAACUUUAACAUGAACUCGCCAGCCAACAGUCUCACAUACGAGCUGUCAUCGGUCAUUGUGCACAAGGGCAAGAUCGACUCAGGCCACUAUGUCAGCUACUCGAGAGAAGGCAACGACUGGUUCGCAUUCGACGACAGCAAGGUGGUCCUUUCCAACGAGGCUGAGGUGCUCAACGCCGAGGCGUACAUUGUGACUUACAUGAUCAGCUCGCUCGAUGUGUAA